AUGGGAAAUAGAAGUAGGAUAGUAAUUUUGAAAGAAGUAUGUAGGCAGAGUUUGGCUUUUAACUGUUUGAAGAUUCUGUUACAUCCUUGGCUUACACAAAGUCACUCACACUUUACACUUUCUAAAAUUUUUGCAGCUAACUUUUCUGAACAAGUAGUUGAAAGCUUUCCAUCUGAUAUCUCCACUGGUAUAUACUAUGGAUGGGCCUGUGUUGGAAAUGGAGAUGUGCAUAAAAUGGUUUUGAGCAUAGGAUGGAAUCCUUUCUAUAAGAAUAUUAAGAAAUCAGUGGAAACGCACAUUAUCCACACCUUCAAAGAAGACUUUUAUGGAGAAAUUCCUAGUAUAGUCAUAACUGGAUAUAUUCGACCAGAAAAAAACUUUGAUUCCGUAGAGGAGCUCAUUUCAGCAAUUCAGGAAGACAUUGAAGAAGCAAAAAGACAGCUAGAUUUACCAGAACAUCUUAAACUCAAAGAAGAUAACUUCUUUCAUCUGCCAGAAGGCAAAAUAGUGAACAACCACUGAGCAAACCCAUGCUGCUUUCUUUUUCUUUUUUCCCUCCCCUGUCAUGGAGCUUUUAUAUUUGCACUGCUUUUAUAGGUACUUUGUUAUCGUGUGUCUGUUUAGGUAACUGAGGUUGGAACCGACCGCACAAGAUGAUUUCAGUUUCCUUGUGUUAAUUCAUCAUUAACCCAGUUAUGCAAGAGGAGCAGAAGGCUGUUUUAGGUCCUUAGAGAUAAACUGUGUAUCCUAAAGUUGUUCAGAGAUCUGAGCACAUGCGGAACAUGACCAAAGUUAAUCGUGACCUCUUCUGACCCUAAGGUAUGGGUAGUUCAUUUAAGUGAAGAAUGUCUGUUUUUAACGUACCGAAUGUUAUUCCAACCUCUUUUCCCAGUUUUAUGUUAUUCUUACAUCUGGAUUUUAGCUAGUAACUUGGAAAAUUUUGCUAUUGAUUGAGUCAGAAAUUUCCUGUGGUGCAGGAAGCCAAUGAUUAGAUAACAAUAACAAGACUAAUUCUCUAUAGUUCUUAUUUUUUAUAUGCUAUUCAGCUGUCAUGGUUGAAGCUGUCAUUUUAAUUGAAAUUAUUUAUUUUAACUUUAUUUGAAAUGGAGGAAAUCACUUACUCAUUGAGUUACUGGAAUCUGAGAUAUACUUCUUCAUAGUUGACUGUACGUAUGACAACACAUGACCUGCGUAGUUUACUUCUGAGGAAGUGUUUCACUGAAAUUCAGGAAAUGAAUGACAGUGUGAAAGUUGAUAAACUUUAAAGGUUCAGGCACAAAAGAUGCAGAAACAGUAUAACAAGACUUCUGCUCUUUGGGCCUUAAGGCAAAAGAGGUAAUGAAAGGCAACUUUGCAUUUUAUCUACUGCCGGCAUUUGUCGUAGGAAAAUGGGGAGAACCUUGGGUUAUUCACUACACUGGCAAUAAAAUGGCUGACUUCCAAGAUUGAUGUUAGUGUAAGGCACAGGAAAAUCUCAUCAACUCUCUGCACCAAGUGCAGGUAAGAGCUACGGUUUUGGCUGUCCAAGUAGAUCAAUACACAAAUGAAAGCCUUUGGGGAUUUACGGAAUAGUAUAUCGAUACUAUACUGGGUAUUGGUUAUUUAUUACAAGUAAUUGCAGCCAUUCCUACUCUGAAAUGAAGGGAUAAGUAAAUAGAGGGGGUAUUGUCAAAAUUGAUAGUAACUUAAAGUAUGUAAUGUGUGAUUCCAAAUCUACUCUUUUUUUUUCCUCUGAUAAAUUUUUCUAUCCCCUUCUCAGUGAGUGGAACUAGGUAAGCUGCAGUGACUUUGUCAUGUUCAUUAUCUUUUGACAUUGGCUUGUGACGUGGCUGGAACAAUUUUCUGAAAUUGAAAAUGGUUCUGUGGAUAUGUCUCAACUGUAGUUCUGUGUCUGAAGUACCACGUACUAUUUGGAACGCACAAUUUUUGUAGUGCAAUUUUAUGAAUUUACUCCUCGUCCUAUCCUAUUUGAAUCCUACUUUUCACCCUAGGGUUUAAGAGGGUUUUAACAAGGUAGCCGUUUGAGUCUGUGGCAGGUGCUGUCAGGAUGUUAGUUCCACUUCAUAUUGUUUUAACUUUCAGCCAAUAUCAUGGGAUAUUAUUAGGAAAGAGGUCUUGAGCAAAUCAAGGACUCAUGUUUGCUCCGUAGGACUUGGGGAGAAACUUGAUUUCAUUUAAAUGAAUUGUUCACCAGUGCUGCGGAUAGCAGAGAGAGACAGAAUACAGAAAAAAAAAAAAAAAAAGGGGGGGGGGGGGGGCAGUUACCAGCAGUUAGACAGACUUUCUUUUAAAGGAGAACAAAACAUUUUAGUGGACUUUCACUAUAUAACGUGUUGGAAACUAUUUCUAAAAAGUCUGUAAAAGAAUUGUCUUGCAAGAGUGACAGUUGGAUUUUUUUACCUUUUAAAAUGGAGGGAUGAAGGGAGAAUUUUUUUUUCCAAAGAU